ACAAACCGAAUUUUCUUUCAUUUAGGCUAUAUAUAUUUUUUAAAUAGUUUAAAGUUGUAGAAUUUUUUUUGGAAAGCGUUUCACCCUGGAGCGGUGCGCAAUGCUAUCGCACGCCGACCUCCUGGAUGCUCGCCUCGGUGAGUUAUCGUCACCAAACUCCGGUCUUCAACUCUACUGGAUGAAGGACGCAGCGGCGGAGCUUCUGGGACACAGGGAGGCAUUGAAGUGUAGGCUGGGAGCCGGGGGAUCGGACCCCGGGCAUCCUGGAGAUCUAGCCCCGGGCUCGGACACUGUAGAAGGGACGACUCUCCUCCCUGGAGACGACAUCAACAAUACUGGAUCCAACCCCUCCGGUGUCCAGGUCAGCACAAAAGACCAGGAAAAGCAACAACAGCAGAACCCGAACCAGUCAGGUGGGCAACAAAGCCAACAGAAACAGAAACGUCACCGGACCCGUUUUACUCCGGCCCAGCUUAACGAACUGGAGAGAAGCUUCGCAAAAACCCAUUACCCAGACAUCUUUAUGAGAGAAGAAUUGGCACUGAGAAUCGGUCUGACAGAGUCGCGCGUACAGGUUUGGUUUCAGAACCGACGCGCGAAGUGGAAGAAGCGCAAGAAGACCACUAACGUUUUUCGAGCCCCUGGUACGUUACUACCAACCCACGGCCUGCCACAGUUUCCCUCUGCUGCAGCCGCUGCAGCCGCAAUGGGCGACAGCCUCUGUUCAUUUCAUGCCAACGAUACCCGCUGGGCUGCAGCCGGAAUGCCCGGCGUGUCUCAGCUGCAACUCCCGCCCGCUCUGGGCCGGCAGCAGGCCAUGGCUCAGUCUUUGUCCCAGUGCAGCCUUGGAGCUGGUCCCCCUCCCAAUUCCAUGAGCCUGUCCAACAGCUUGUCCGCGGCCUCUAACGGCUCCGGACUUCAGUCACACCUCUACCAGCCCGCAUUUCCUGGCAUGGUGCCCGCCUCUCUCUCCGGUCCCACUAACGUGACCGGUUCACCCCAGCUCUGUAGCUCUCCGGAUAGUGACGUCUGGAGAGGGACCAGCAUCGCUUCCCUGCGCCGCAAAGCACUCGAGCACACAGUCUCAAUGAGUUUCACUUAAUAAUAACGAUCGAAGAGGCCCACAACCUUUUUUCUUUUUCUGUAUUAAAAUCCCCGUCACCUAAGUAACACACCAGGAAGUCUACUCAGGAUAUGAAAACAAGUAAGAAAAGGAGACUGUGUACAACAUACGAGUACACAAACCCCUGAGCAGAAAUACUUGUGCGAAGGGGCAAAGAAAACGUGGACAUUUAAUGUAAGAAAUAACUACAAACUUCUGGCUAAGCCUGGUUAAAAUGUUUUCUAUUUUGGCUUUUUUAGACCUGACUUCACGUGUUUAUUUAUAUGUAUUUAUCAAUCAUAGCGCAUUGGAGUUUUGACCAUCCGUUGCUGUGCCUGCAUUCAUAAAUGACCGCUACACAGAUGGGGACAACUAUCAGUUUAAUUCGAUAUUUAUCGACAGUUCUUCACAUUAGGAACUGAGUACGGAUUCUGUUUGGUCAAAACUCGAGGCUCUGUGAAAAUAAUUUUCAAAUGCCACCUGCACUGCAUGCAAAGACGGGCUAAAGGCAUGCGCAGUGCACGUGUGUAUUUUAAAACCCUGGAAGUUUGUACAGCAAGAAAAAUUAAAUAAAUAAAAAAGAAUACUGAGAAGAUGAAGAAAACAUAUAGUUAAAAUAAGAUAAUUUUAAAGAAACGGCUUUGUCUGCAUGUGCUGGCCAGGUUAAAACACUGGGGAUAUAAUAUUUAUAACAGAAGAAAAAGAAACUUUACAUAACCUGUUAUAUAGGAUGUUUUGUGUAGAUAAAGCAUUCUUGUUAUCUUCUGGUCUAUUUGUGAUAUGUUCUAACUUAUUGUCUGUGCUUAUUAUUGAAACUGGGUUUCUUAAAUGUUUGAACUUAUACUUAACACUUAUACUUUGGUUUCCUGGACGAGUUUAUAUCAAUUUAAUGUAAAUGAAUAAAUAAAAUCAUUUUCAAUAUG